CAAGAUAUACUGGAUGUCCUGUCCAGGCUUGUGUACUGUACACCAUUAGAAGAUAAUCUACAAUUAGUUUGACCGCUCCGUUUGAAUAUUGAGAGAAUAACAAACUUUGCAUCUAUUAUGAAUAAAAAUAGGCUUCAGUAAAUUAAACCGAGUAGUCCUGACGGUUUUAUUUGUUCUACACAGGAAGUGAUGAAAAAGCGAGAGAGAGAGUGUGUGUGUAUGUGACUGCGGAGGUCAGAUAGAGAUCCCAGCUGCUGACACACUUUGCAUCGUCAUCAUCAGAUUAAUGAAAUGUCAUGGAGAGCCGACUCGCUAAGAUCUUAAAAUACUAGGGGAUAUGCAGUAGAGAUAAAGUGAGAGAAAAAAACAAGCUGCAAAUCCGAAUCAAAAACUAUAAUAUGAACACAGACGAGUUUCGGGGAUUAGGUUUUGUCCCUCAGAAAGAGACAGUCUACAACAAACUCUUACCUUACUCGGACAAAUUAGACGAGGAAUCCAAUGACAUUUUGGCUAAAAUCAAAGCUAACCUGGGCCGGGCUGUCCAGCUCAGGGAGUUAUGGCCAGGGGUAUUGUUCUGGACCAGGAAACUUUCUACGUACAUACGACUAUAUGGAAGAAAGUUCAGCAAAGAGGAUCAUGUACUGUUCAUUAAGUUGCUGUAUGAGCUAGUGACCAUUCCUAAACUGGAGAUUAGUAUGAUGCAAGGAUUUGCACGUCUGUUGAUCAGUUUGCUAAAGAAAAAAGAACUUCUUUCAAGAGAAGAUUUGGAAUUGCCUUGGUUGCCCCUAUAUGAAUUGUUGGAGAGAAUCCUCUACUCUAAAACGGAACACCUUGGGCUCAAUUGGUUUCCUAACUCUGUUGAAAACAUUUUGAAAACCCUGGUCAAAAGCUGUAGACCGUAUUUCCCAGAAGAUGCUACAAAGGAGAUGCUGCGAGAGUGGCGGCCUUUGCUGUGUCCUUUUGACGUCACCAUGCAGAAAGCCAUCAGUUAUUUUGAACUGUUCCUGCCCACCACCUUGCCACCUGCGCUUCACCAGAAAGGAUUCAAGCUAUGGUUUGAUGAGCUAAUGGGACUUUGGGUCUCUGUUCAAAACCUUCCUGGGUGGGAGGGGCAUCUGGUAAACCUAUUUGCACGUUUGGCCAGUGAUAACAUUGGGUAUUUAGAUUGGGAUCCCUAUGUCGAUAAGAUAUUUACUCGGAUUCUUAGAAGCUUGAACCUUCCUGUAGGAAGCAGCCAAGUUUUAGUUCCAAGAUACUUGACAAAUGCUUAUGAUAUAGGCCACAUAGUGCUAUGGGUCUCAUCAAUGCUGGGUGGACCAAGCAAGCAAACCCAAAAACAGCUAAGUGGCUUGUUCAACAGCAUCACAUCUUUCUUUCAUCCUUCUAACAAUGGCAGGUGGCUGAUGAAGCUAAUGAAGCUUGUGCAGCGCUUGCCGGCCAGUGUGGUAAGAAGACUACACCGAGAGCGAUACAAGAAGCAGACAUGGUUAACGCCAGUCCCUGACAGCCACAAGCUCACUGACCAGGACAUUACAGACUUUGUGGAGAGCAUGAAGCAGCCUGUGCUGCUGGCAAUGUUCAGUAAAACAGGCAGCUUGGAUGCAGCCCAGGCUUUGCAGAACCUGGCACUGAUGAGACCUGAACUUGUAAUCCCACCGGUACUAGAGAAAACCUAUCCUGCAAUGGAGACUCUGACAGAACCUCACCAGCUCACAGCCACCCUGAGCUGUGUGAUCGGAGUGGCUCGCAGCCUGGUUUCUGGAGGCAAGAGGUUUCCUGAAGGCCCAAAGCACAUGCUGCCGUUGCUGAUGAGAGCACUGCCUGGUGUGGAUCCAAAUGACUUCAGCAAGUGCAUGAUAACAUUCCAGUUCAUUGCAACAUUUUCUACUCUUGUGCCUUUGGUAGACUGUUCAUCAGCUGUUCAUGAAAGAGAUGACCUCACAGAAGUGGAGCGGGAGCUGUGCUCAGUCAGUGCGGAGUUUGAAGACUUUGUACUGCAAUUUAUGGACAGGUGUUUUGCCCUUAUUGAAAGCAGUACACUUGAGCAGACGAGAGAGGAGACAGAAACCGAAAAGAUGACUCACCUGGAAAGCCUAGUGGAGCUGGGACUGUCUUCCACCUUCAGCACCAUCCUCACGCAGUGCUCCAAAGACAUCUUCAAGGUGGCCCUAGAAAAGGUCUUUAACUUUGCCACUACAAAUAUCUUUGAGACUCGGGUUGCUGGAAGAAUGGUGGCUGACAUGUGCAGAGCCGCUUCUAAGUGUCAUCCAGCAGAGUCUUUGAAGCUUUUUGUGCCACACUGCUGCAAUGCAAUAACUCAGCUCACAGUCAACGAUGAUGUUUUGCGUGAAGAGGAGCUGGACAAGGAGCUGCUGUGGAACCUUCAGCUUCUGUCUGAGAUCACCCGUGUUGAUGGUGACAAGUUGUUGCCAUACAGGGAGCAGUGUGUGAAGAUUCUGCAGCAGACACUCCACUUGAAGUGUAAACAAGGCUACAUGCUUUCCUGUAACCUGCUGCACCAUCUGCUUCGAUCUUCCUCUCUCAUCUACCCCACUGAGUACUGCAGCGUCCCUGGAGGCUUCAACAAGCCUCUCUCUGAGUAUUUUCCCAUCAAGGACUGGGGUACACCAGGUGAUCUAUGGAACUUAAACAUCCACUGGCACGUUCCAACAUCAGAGGAGAAGGCCUUCGUAUUUUAUAUACUGGACAUCAUCCUCCAACCAGAGCUGGUCAAGCUGCAGCGCCAUUCAAGUGGAGAACUGGAAAUGCCAAGGGAUGACAUACUGCAGAGCCUCACGAUUGUGCAGCACUGUCUGAUGGGCUCUGGGAGUUUCCUGCCUUUCCUGGAUGGAGAAAGAAUUACUGACCUUGUACCAAGCUUGGUGAGUUUGGGGGAGACACCACUCUUUACUGGCGUUGACUAUGACAUGUCGCGGGAGAACUACAGAGACGCUAUUUGCAGUGUUAUGAGGAAACUCCUGCAUCACAUUCUGGAAAAUUCAGAGGAUGAUACAAAGUCAUUGUUUUUGAUCAUUAAGAUUAUUGGUGACUUGUUACAGUUCAGAGGCUCUUAUAAGCAUGAGUUUGACUCCCGGUGGAAAAGCUUCAACCUUGUCAAGAAGUCCAUGGAGAACCGGCUACAUGGCAGGAAGCAACACAUCCGAGCAUUACUCAUUGACAGAGUUAUGCUGCAGCAAGAGUUGAGGAAACUGACUGUUGAAGGAUGUGAAUACAAGACUAUUCAUAGAGACCUUUUAAGGGACCUCCUGCGUUUGUCAACCAGUACAUACAGUCAGGUUAGGAGCAAGGCCCAGCAAGUUUUCUUCUUAACCCUCGGAAGUUACAACUUCUGCUGCAGGGACUUGAUUCCAUUGGUGCUGGAGUACCUGAAACCAAACCGGCAGGACAUCUCCCAGCAACAGUUUAAAGGUGCCUUGUACUGUCUCCUGGGGAAUCACAAUGGAGUUUGCCUGGCUAAUCUCCAUGACUGGGACUGCAUUGUACAGACCUGGCCAGCUAUCAUCUUGUCUGGUCUCAGCAAGGCCAUGUCUUUGGAGAAGCCCUCCAUAGUCCGACUGUUUGACGAUCUUGCAGACAAGAUCCACCGACAGUACGAAACCAUUGGACUGGACUUCAGUGUACCUGGUGGUAGUUUGGAGAUAGCUCUGCAGAUUAUGAAGUCAAAAAACCCAACUACAAAUCUCCCACUGCCCACUUCAGAGGAGAUUGAGAAAGGUGUUCAGCUCCAGCAGGCAAAAAACAUUGACUCUGUGGAAAAAUAUGAGAGAUUGGUCACUAGCUUGUUGGACUCCCUCCAUCAGAGAAAUCUUCCCUGGAAGUUUGAGCAUAUUGCCAUUGGCUUUCUUUCCCUGCUGUUGAGGGAUGAUAAGCCCAUCCCCGUCCCAGCAGUCCGGUUCUUUGUCCAGAGUCUGAACCACGAUGCACUAGUCGUUCGAAAGAUGGCAAUCUCAGCUGUUGCUGGUAUUCUGAAGCAGCUGAAGAGACCUCACAAAAAAGUGGAAAAGAAUCCUUAUGCAAUUGGUAGAUGCAGUGAACAUUCUGAAAUCCUGGUGGGAGACAGGCCCGAUAAUCAGUGGAUGCAUUAUGACAGUGGCAGUUUGCCGAGAACGAAAGAAGCCUGGGUGGCUUGUGCCUUUGUGGAGAAAACACACUGGGGAUAUUACAGCUGGCCUCAAAAACUGUCUCUUUAUGCCCCUGUGGAGGAACAACCAAAACUUGGUCUGAAGAGGGAAGAUAUGACCGAGGUGGAGCAGAUCAUCUUCGAUCACUUUUCUGAUCCCAAAUUUAUAGAGCAGUUGAUAAAGUUCCUUUCACUGGAAGACAGAAAAGGAAAGGAUAAAUUCAACCCCCGGAGGUUCUGCCUCUUUAAGGGUUUGUUCAGAAACUUUGACAACACCUUUUUACCUGUGCUGAGGCCCCACUUGGAGCGUUUAGUUGCAGAUUCCCAUGAGAGCACACAGCGCUGUGUGGCUGAAAUAGUCGCCGGGCUCAUCAGAGGCUGUAAACACUGGACUUUUGAAAAGGUGGAGAAGCUAUGGGAGUUUCUGUGUCCAUUAAUUCGAACGGCUUUGACGAACAUCACAGUGGAGACUUACAGUGACUGGGGAACAUGCAUUGCCACAGCCUGUGAGAGCAGAGACCCUCGGAAACUGCACUGGCUGUUUGAGAUGCUAAUGGAGUCCCCAGUAAACGGCGAAGGGGGUUCUUUUGUAGACGCCUGCCGGCUGUAUGUUCUACAAGGAGGUCUUGCCCAGCAGGAAUGGAGAGUCCCUGAGCUUCUUCAUAGACUGCUUCAGUACCUGGAGCCCAAGCUCACACAGGUCUAUAAAAAUGUGCGGGACAGGAUAGGAAGUGUUCUAACCUACAUCUUCAUGAUCGAUGUGAGUCUACCCAACUCUCUUCCGACCUCCUCCCCACGGAUCUCUGACUUCACAGCCCGCAUCCUGGUCAGGCUGAAGCCCCUGAUGGACGUGGACGAGGAGAUCCAGAACCACAUUGUGGAGGAGAACGGGUUCGUGGAGCAAGACGAAAGGACACAGGCCAUUAAACUGCUGAAGACGGUUUUAAAGUGGCUGAUGGCGAGCGCAGGAAGGUCCUUCUCCACGGCUGUUCCAGAGCAGCUCCAGCUCCUCCCUCUGCUUUUUAAGAUUGCACCAGUAGAGAAUGAUGACAGUUACGAUGAGAUGAAGAGAGAUGCAAAGACUUGCUUGUCACUCAUUUCUCAGGGACUGCUGUAUCCACAGCAAAUAAUGUUGGUGCUACCAGUUCUUAAAGAGGUCGCAGGGAGCGCUUCUUGGCAUGCCAGGUACACAGUGCUGACCUAUCUCCAAACAAUGGUGUUUUACAACCUCUUUACCUUUUUGAACAACAAAGAGGCUGUGCAUGAUGUGCGAUGGCUAGUGCUCAAGCUCCUGGAAGAUGAACAACUUGAGGUGAGGGAGAUUGCUGCCACCACCCUCAGUGGCCUCCUGCAGUGUAACUUCCUGACUAUGGACACCCCCAUGCAGACUCACUUUGAAAAGCUCUGCAAGACCCGGCUUCCCAAGAAGAGGAAAAGGGACCCAGGCUCAGUGGUGGAUACCAUUCCUCCAGCAGACUUGGUUAAGCGCCAUGCUGGUGUGCUGGGGUUAAGUGCCUGUAUCUUAUCCAACCCCUAUGAUGUGCCCACCUGGAUGCCCCAGCUUUUGAUGGACCUGAGUGCACACUUGAAUGACACCCAACCAAUUGAGAUGACUGUGAAGAAAACUCUCUCUAAUUUCCGAAGGACACACCUUGACAACUGGCAAGAACACAAGCAGCAGUUCACAGACGACCAGUUGCUGGUUCUCACAGACCUGCUGGUGUCACCGUGCUAUUAUGCAUAACCAGGUUUGCUUGGGAAUGUAGAGCUUUUGUGAGUUGUUUCUUUUUAUUCCUGUCUUUUUAAGUUUUACUUGUUUUAGUUUUUUGUUUGAAUUGCAAUACAAAUCUCUUUAUACUGAUAAAACAUUGCAUUUAGCUGCAGAAACCAGAUCUUUGACAGACAGUAGCAUGUCAUUCAAGAGCUCAUUAAAAUUGGUAUUGUGAAUAUAAAGAAAUCUGAACAUUCACCCCUAAUGUAAUUAUUGAAAUACAAGAAUAAUGUUCAAUGUAAUCCUGUCUUUUUUUAGAAGCUGUGUGGGCAGAGGUUGAAGUUGUUUCUGGUGAAAACUUUAAGCCAGAAAAAUGUUCCUUUUUUUAAUCAACUGAUCUGUCUACUGUGAUUUGAGUACAUUCAGUUCUGCCUUGAAAAGAAAUGUUUUUAAGGGAAAGAAUUUUUCUUUCUUGAUGCAUAGCUGCAGUCCACAGUAAAAUGCAAACAAAUUAAGUUUUUGGAAUGAGAAAUGUGUAUUUAUAUAUUUAGUACACGUUUAAGUUUCUAAUAUACUUAAUAUUUAAGGUUAACAUAAGCAGAGACAAUAGCCUGCCAGCUUUGUAAUAUUCUUGUACAGUUUUUGCUUGCAAGACUUCUAUUACUGCUCUGUAAUGACACCAACUGUUUCUCUGACAUAUUACUUGUGUUAUGUAUAGGUAAGAAAUGCAUUGUAUAAACUGUAGAAACAUAGCACUAGCCAAUUAUAUUGUACAAAAAAAAUGUAGUCUUUACUGCAAUGUACCAUUCAGACAUUCAUGUGUAAAGAUUCACAUUAUGUAGUGGUGUAAACUGUAUAGUGGUUAGGUCAGAUACACAGUUCAUAUGCCAUAACAAGCUUUUUAUUUAUUUAUUUUUUCUUUUAAUAUUUGUAUUAUUUCAAAAGUUCUUUUUACACCCAACAAAUGUGGUUGUUUAAAUAUACAUUUGGUGUAUUGUGUUUUCAUUGACUGCUUUGUGUGAUAUGCGCGAGUCUGACAAGGUAAGGGUAGGUGGCUUUUUAAGUUGUUUCCGCCUCCUUCAUUUAAAUAGUUAUGGCAUAUGACUUGUGUAGCAAUAAAUCCCUCCAUUGAACUCUACAAGUCUGAAAUCUUUAUUGCAUCCUACUUUCAUUUUUUUUUUUUUUUUGUGAAGACUUGAGUAAUAAAAAAUGAGGUGCAUACAGUUGCAGUUUAGUACUUCACUGAAAGUCAGAUAUUUAACCACUAUAUAGUGUAGUGCCAAAACUGCUGUGAUUUUAGAUGUACUGUUUGCAUAUUUUAACAAAAAGCCAAUAAAUGGAUUGUUUAUAACAAA